CCGCACCGGAAUAGUAGGAUUUCCAGAGGGAGAGACAGAAACAAACGGAGAGGCAGAGAAACCCUUUCCACGCAGAUUCAUCCGGUCCGGUUCGGUUCGCUUCGGUUCAGACCACGCGGGCGCGGGCGCGGGAGAGAUGAGCGCGUCGGAGGAGGACGCGGCGCCCGCUGCGGCGGAUGGGGGAUCCGGAGGCGGGAGCAGCGGCGCGGGGUCGUCGGAAGGGGGCGCGCGGCGCCGGUUCGACGACAAGGGCCUCGUCGCCCGCACCUCGCUCAUCCUGUGGCACACGCACCAGAACGACGUCGGCGCCGUGCGGAAGCUGCUGGAGGAGGACGCCGCGCUCGUCAACGCCCGGGACUACGACAGCCGCACGCCGCUCCACGUCGCCGCGCUCCACGGCUGGCACGACGUCGCCGAGUGCCUCAUCGCCAACGGCGCCGAUGUCAACGCCCAAGACCGCUGGCAGAACACGCCACUAGCUGAUGCGGAGGGCGCAAAGAGGCAGUCCAUGAUUGAGCUGCUCAAGGAGCACGGUGGAUUGACAUAUGGGAAAACUGGAAGCCAUUUUGAACCAAAGACGAUUCCACCACCUCUAACAAAUAAGGCUGACUGGGAGAUUAAUCCACUUGAAUUGGACUUCACAAAAGCACUCGUUAUCGGAAAGGGCUCUUUCGGUGAAAUUCUGAAAGCAAAUUGGCGAGGAACACCUAUUGCUGUCAAGCGCAUUCUUCCAUCCUUAUCUGAUGACAGGCUGGUGAUCCAAGACUUUAAGCAUGAAGUCAACUUGCUAAUAAAGCUGAGGCAUCCAAAUAUUGUCCAGUUCCUUGGAGCAGUUACAGAAACUAAGCCUCUAAUGCUAAUUACUGAGUUUCUACGAGGAGGCGAUCUUCAUCAAUAUCUGAAGGAAAAAGGUGCACUCAACCCACUUACUGCUGUUAGUUUUGCGCUGGAUAUUGCAAGAGGAAUGGCAUAUCUUCACAAUGAGCCUAAUGUUGUGAUUCACCGAGAUUUAAAACCAAGAAAUAUUCUUCUGGUGAAUUCUGCUGCCAACCACUUAAAGGUUGGAGAUUUCGGCCUUAGCAAGAUCAUCAGAGCGCAGCAUGCGAAUGAUGUAUACAAGAUGACUGGAGAGACAGGAAGCUAUCGGUACAUGGCCCCUGAAGUUUUCAAGCACCGGAAAUAUGACAAGAAAGUUGAUAUCUUCUCUUUUGCCAUGAUUCUAUAUGAGAUGAUGGAAGGUGAUCCACCCUUCUCCAGCUACGAACCUUAUGAGGCUGCUAAGUACGUGGCAGAUGGGCAUCGCCCCAUUUUCCGUAAAAGUCAUACCAAUGAGUUGAAGGAUUUGGUUGAGCUAUGUUGGUCUGGGGAUAUCAGUCUGAGACCAUCUUUCUUGGAGAUCCUCAAGAGGCUUGAGAAGCUUAAGGAGCAUUAUUCGCAUGAGAACCACUGGCAUUUGUUCCAGUAGCAGUGCUUAUAUAUAAUUAUAUAUUCUUUACUACAACUGGUGUCUUGAAUGGGGUUUUCUCGGGAGAUCUGACAUUGAUGAAUGUACAAAAUUAGCUGCCUCGAGAAAGGUCCACUGAGACUGCAAAAAUUUUCUUGCUGUUUUACGUCGAUGAUUCUGCUAAACAAAACAGAAGCUUUGUUUGUACCACAUCCUCUGCAACUUUGUCUUUAGGUUUUCUCGUUAGUUGAUUCUCUCCGUGAAUUAUGAAAAAUCUUGAGCUAUUAGACCAUAGUUCUGCAGCAUAUAGGUUGAUACGGGGGGUUCAUAGAUCAGAUGGUUUCCUUUUUCUAUUCUUUUCUGUUGCCAGGAUCUUUAUAUGCUUAUUAUUGAGAACUGUCUCAUUGGCAAUGGGAAGUAAAUUUACCGUGCAUAUUCUGUAAGUGUUACUUGUCAAAGAAGUUACUGUAAAUUUUAUACAGAGAAAUAUUUGCGGAUUACAAAUUU